CUACUGCCGCUGCCACAGUAUCGCUUGAUCGUAGGGCCCACCUGUCAGCUACAGGUGGCACGGCCGGGAUCCAGCUCGUCGUCUCCUUGCCACCGACGGCGACCGCCCCCAACUCCUCUCCUCCCCCUCCGCCUUCACUGAGGUCACCUUAGAUGCGGGUUUCCUUCUCCUCGUAAACCAUAAUCUCACCACGCCUCGCGCCCAAUCGGACGCAAAUACUCCUGGUCCAAUCCCCUCGAGCGGAGCAGAUUUGGAUCCGGCUCGGCGAGAUGGAUCCCGAGGACACCACCCCGCCGGUGCCGAGCCAAGGGGAUGCGGAGACAACUCCGCCGCCAGUGCUGGAAGUGGCGGCGGGGGAGGGCAGCCUGGCUAGCGGGGGCGAGGAGGCGGAGCGGGCCCACGAGGAGAAAGAGGAGCUCGCGCGGGAGGUCAUGGAGCUCGGCCUCCAGAACGAGUACCUCAGGUCCCAGAUUACCAGCGCCCAGCCGGUGGGUGACGCGGACGAGAGACUCGAACUCGUUAGGGGCUUGAAGGAGCAGGUGGAGAGGCUGAACAGGGAGGCGCAGGAGCAGCGGCUGACGCGGGAGGCCACGGAGAAGGCCCUGGAGCACGUCAACGUGGCCUACGCCGAGGCCGACGGCAAGGUGCAGGAGCUCACCGCCAAGCUCGCACAAGCUGAACAAAAAAUGGAAAAGGAACUAAAAGAACGUGACGACAAAUAUGUUGAGCUGGAUACCAAGUUUCAGAGGCUUCACAAGCGUGCAAAACAACGUAUACAAGAUAUACAAAAGGAAAAAGAUGACCUGGAAGCUCGGUUUAAUGAAGUUAAUCAGAAGGCUGAGCAGGCUGCUUCUCUGCAGUUAGCAGCACAGCAGGAUCUGGAACGUGCUCGUCAGCAGGCUAGUGAGGCCUUAAGGUCAAUGGAUGCUGAAAGGCAGCAGUUGCGGACAGUUAACAGCAAGUUGAGGGCUAACCUCGAUGAGACACGUCUUGCCUUGGAGGCCAGAAACAAUUCUCUUGAGAAACUGCAACAAUCAGUGCUUGAGAAAGAGCAGUUGCUAGAGAAAGUUCAAGGAUCCCUUCAAUCUGCUGAAGAUAAGAGGAUGGCAAUAGUUUCAGAGUUCACUGCUAAGCAUCAGAAGCAAAUAGAAAGCUUGCAGGCGCAGCUAGCUGAAGUUUCUGCAGAAAGGAUGAAGGCAUCUGAAACCAUACAGUCUCUACAGGCGGUAUUAACAGAGAAAGAUUCAGAAAUAGCUGAAAUCGAAGCAGCAUCAACAGGUGAAGCUGCCCGGCUUAGAGCUGCUUUGGAGGAGGUUAAAGGGGAGCUCGCUCAUCUAAAGGAUGAACAUGAAAAGGAAAGGCAAAGCUGGGAGGCUACUUGUGAAUCUCUCAGGUCAAAGCUGGAAGCAUCAGAAAAUGCAUGCCUUAGAUCUGAAAAAGAAUCCGCCAAAGUUAAAAGUCAAUUGGAAUUAGAGCUGUCAGCACGAAAUCAAUUGUUACAAACCAAAGAUUCUGAUCUAAUGGCUGCAAAACAUGAGAUUAGUCGACUGGAAAGUGAAUUUUCUGCAUACAAGGUCCGGGCACAUGCACUUCUGCAAAAGAAGGAUGCUGAGCUUACUGCAGCUAAAAGUUCAGAUUUGAUUAAAGAACAUGAAGAGGCCAUAAGGGAAGCUGAAAAGGAGGUGGCAGCUGCUUUAGCAGAAAGAGAUAAAGCAAUCGAUGAUCUCCAAAAAGCAGAAUCCAGACAUGGUGAUGAAGUUGAGGCAAGAGAUAUGGCUCUUGCUGAUGCUGAGAAAAAGCUAAAGGAUGUAAUGAAGAAGUUAGAUUCUGUUACUUCUAAUUUCAUCUCAGAAAAAGAAUCCUGGGAGAAAAACUUGUCGAAUGUAGAGGAAAGCUGGAGAUUGAAAUGUGAGUCUUUGAAGGCUCAGAGCAAUGGCCAUGUUGAUGAUGAACUUCAAAAGAAUUUAGGAGAGCUGACACUAAAAUAUGAGAAACUGAAGGAAGAGCAUCAAUCAUUCCGUGAUAUAGCUGAUAGAAUGAUUGAAGACAAGGAACGAGAGAUAGCUAAACUCCUCAAAGAAAACAGAGACCUUCACCAGUCAUUAGAUGCUAGACCAGCAGUUAGCAACAAUGAUUAUCAAAGUCAAGGACCUGUUAAGGAGACAAUGAGUGUUGAAUUGGCUGAGCAACAAAUUUUGCUUCUCGCACGACAACAAGCACAACGAGAAGAGGAAUUGGCUCAGUCACAGAGGCAUAUCUUAGCGCUUCAACAAGAAAUUGAAGAGCUCGAGCGUGAAAAUCGUCUCCAUGAUCAACAGGAAGCAAUGUUGAAAACCGAGCUUCGCAAUAUGGAGAGAUCACAAAAGCGAGAAGGAAUAGAUAUGACAUAUCUCAAAAAUGUGAUUCUAAAGCUUCUUGAAACAGGGGAAGUGGGGGCGUUGUUGCCUGUGGUUGGGACGUUACUACAGUUUAGUCCUGACGAGCUCAAAAAGUGCCAGCAAGGUGUCCUUUCAAGUGUGGCUUCUUCACAAGCUGCUGCAGUGUCAGAUGGCACAACCACACCGAAUUCAUUCUUUGCCAGAUUCUCAUUCUAACGGAGGUUUAAGGCUUUGCUCUUGAGGAUCUGCAGUCUAGCUAGGGGAGAAGAUGUCCUGAGCCUUCAGAUUCACAGUUUUGCUGAUUGUAGGGAACGCUUAUUCAUUUAUUAUUUACAAGGCGUCCAUUCCCCUUCUCCUUUUGUAAAAGUAGUGUACAUAUGGCCCACAGCAGAGUCAAGAUAAGGAAUGUAAUGGAGUAUAUAUUUGUGCAAGUGACAUGAUAUAUAGCAGCUCAUGUUAGGCUAUCGAGUGUCGAGGGGAAUGGUUUAUAGACUGUUGUACAAUUUUUAUUGAACACUCUUGAGGAUUCAGGGAUCAUGUUUUACUUUGAACUGUUGAGUGUUGUCUCCUCCA